ACGAGUUGGACUUGAUCUACGUCUUUGUGCUCGUUUGUAGAAAUAGCUGCACCGAAUUCUUGUAUUGGGCGUAGCUAGUGGUCGUACAGUACUACACGUUUUGUUGUGUGCUGACUAGAACGGAAAUCACCAUCACGACGAGCAGGAGCACCAGCCAGCGAACAGGAUGUCGGCCACGCGUUGACUACUGCACUAGGAUCUUAAUCCUACUGUUGUACAUACGUAAAUAAAAAGUGUAAAGCUGUCUUCCAAACUCGAUCUGGUUGUACCUUUUUUACCUGUGUCUGCUUGUAAGCAGCACCAAAACAAAGUCAAACACAAAGUUAUUCUUGUCGUAUCUGAUUUUUGUCGCCGAAGAUGAAUAUUCACAUUCGGAUCGGAGGAUACCCAGCACAGCCAGCCGCUCCCGCCGUCACCAAAAAUGCAACGGGCGGCGACAUCGUCACCGAUCUGCGCGACGCCGUGAUCGCACCAUUCCUCGGCAAAAAGGACAUUGUGUACGAGUCCGCCUGUCUGCAGAUUCACUGCGAGCACGAUGAGUUUAUGGCUUUCGUGAAGCCCUGUAAGCUAAUCGGCUUCCAUGAUCCCUCGAGUGGCGCCCUUUGUCCCUGGGAACGGGGCCGCAUGUACGUGUAUUGGAGCUUUCCGUACAUGGGUAUGUCGAAAGCAUGCCAGGAGAGACUGGUGCCGCUCAGCAUCCAGAGAGGACAGGACCCGCAGCCGCCGCCGUCGCCCCAAGAACUCGAUGAGCUUUCGCGCGAAGUGAAGAGGAAAUUUGCUGAGCAUCAAGGGCGCCGCGAUCAGCACUUCGGAGUGCCGUGUGAGAUGCCACUCAGGCAGACCAUGCCGAUAAACAUCGUAGAAGAUUCGUGCAAGCGCUCGCUUGUCCGGAACGGCCACGACGCUUCGACGAGCGACGAAGAGCUUUUCCGUGACCACGAGAGUUUUCGCAUUCCUCUCUUUGCACGCCUGUGGAACCAGCGCACUGGGGAGGUGGUGUGGACGGUUGACAACAGUGGCACCGGCCCAGUGGAGAACACGGUGAAGAACAUGCAGCAGAUCUGCAAGCUGUUUCACCACUACCAUGACAUCGAUGAGAGCUAAUCAUCCUUUGUUUUUGUGUUUGCGCGAUAACGACGGCGUUGAGCGCCAGCAUCAUGUUGAGAGCAAGCAUCCGCGGUCGAGGUCGUGCGCAACAAAGACGGAGAUGAACGAAAACGGAAGGGUGAUGUCCUAAAACGUCUGUUUGUACAUGCGGCCAUAGAUGAAGAUCUCUAGGUCCGCUGGCAGUGAUCUGCCGGAAGGCAAAGAUGCGAUCGUUAUGACUUGGAAGUGCCGGAAGGCAAAAAGAAAAACGCGAUCGUAAUGGAACUGCGUUAUUCAUCAUGACUUGGCUGAAGUCGAAGUAAAUUCAAAGUAAGAUUCAUAAGACGAGAACGUCGAAAAAAAGUAUACAUAGUUUAACUCUAAUCAUGACUGCGUGUCAGAUAUGAAGCACAGGCUUCCCGGAAAUUCUUAUGUGCGGCAUGACAGGUACUCGUACUCCCCACAUCCAUGACGAUGACUCCAUCGCUAAAUAUGGAAAGGUAUUAGCAGUGAUCUGCUACUUUAUAGGUUCGAUCGCGAUCGGGAUCGGGGGACGACAGUCUGACGUGUAUGCGAUGACAUCGCGUAAUUACAAGAAGAAUAUCUAUCGGGAUCGCGCGAGCGCGUUCGAUAUAGGGCUUUCUGGUAUGAAAGAGAAAGAGAAUAAAGGUCGAGGACCUGAAAACUAUAUCUAUCAA